AUGCUGGCCUCACGGUUUCGGAUCGCAAGCCAAUUGCGCAGGUCAGUGGUGACCAGGAGCGUUACCACGCUGUCCAACAAUCCAGACAUUAAAGUCUUCCCCAACCCUGCGUCGCCCUCGGCAUCCUACCUGCUGACCUACCUGCCCGCGGAGCCGCCCAACCCGGGCCUGGCGGUCGGCACAACGACGAAGCUCCCGCCGACGCCGGGGUCGUUCCGCGAGAAUAGCCGCUUCCUGGGCAUCCUCAACGAGGUGCUCGCCGCCCACGCUCACCUCGACGCGGACCUCCGGGCCGCGGCCCAGGCGUUCGCGAGCCCCGGCGGGGUCAACCUCGGCGGCGGCAUGAUGAGGGGCCGGGGGAAGAGGAGGGGCGGCUCGGACGGCGCCGGGGGCGCGAGUGACCAGGGAGGAGCUGGGGGUGGAGGGGCUGGGGGGUGGGUGCACUUGAGUGAUAGGAGAAACCCGCCAGAUUUUGGGAGGAUUGCAUGGCCUGAGGACAUCUUUGGCAGUGUCCAGGUCGACAGCAAGGGGGAAAUCGAGGGCAAUUUCCAGGCCAGCGGGACCUACAGGAUAGUGACGAACGAGGGAAUACUGGGCUUGAGCCCCUUUUUGACCGAGAAGCUCAUUGCAAGGUUAUGGGAGGAGGAUAAGAAGGAGCGGAUAUCAUGA